AUGGCUGAUGUACAAGAAGAAACUAUAGAAACAGUGAACAACACUGGAAAUGGUGCAAACACUGGCACAAACAACACUAGAAAUGUUGCAAACAUUGGCACAAUUGUGAUGAAUCUCAAUCAUCCCUAUCACCUCCAUUCAUCAGAUGCUCCUGGAAUGGCUUUGGUGAACAACCCUUUUGAUGGAAGGGGUUAUCAAGGCUGGAAGAGAUCUGUUCUCAUUGCUUUGUCAGCUAAAAACAAGCUGGGUUUCAUCACAGGAGCACAUCCUGCACCAGAUUCAACUUCAUCAGAUUUGCAACCUUGGAGUAGGUGCAAUGAUAUGGUAACAUCUUGGCUACUUAACUCUCUUUCAAAGGAAAUAGCAGAUAGCGUGAUCUAUUCUACAACUGCAAAAGAACUUUGGGUCAGUCUAGAACAUAGAUUCGGUCAAACUAAUGGUGCUAAAUUGUAUCACUUGCAAAAGGAACUUAGCAGAUUUGCAGGCUAUUUCACCAAGCUUAAAAGAUUGUGGGAUGAAUUAGAUCCACUAAAUUGUGAUGUCAAGUGUACCUGUGUGUGUGCUUGUGAAGGCAAAGCUAAGUUUGAGAAAUCACAGGAGAAUGAGAAACUAAUUCAGUUUCUCAUGGGAUUGAAUGAUUCAUACUCACAGGCAAAGGGAAACAUUCUCAUGAUGAACCCUUUACCUAACAUCAAUCAUGCUUAUUCUUUAGUCUUGCAGGAUGAAAACCAAAAGGAGACUUAUAUGAGCCCUUUAAUUCCAUCUAAUUCAUCUUCAUUUAUGGUUGGUGGUCAAUACAAAGGGGGAAAACAACCUCAAAGGCUAUUAAGUAACAUUCAGAGGACAAACAAUUAUCCCAAGUUUAACAAUCCACAACCAACAUCAAGGCUCCCAAAACAGAUUGCAAGGUUCAAAGGCAAGAAAAGCAAAUAUAAUAUUAAUGUAUCUUGUACCCACUGUGGUAAAACAGGACAUACAGUGGAUGAUUGUUACAGAUUAAUAGGAUUUCCAGAAGAUUUUCAGUUCACAAAUGAAAGGAACUAUUAG